AUGGACGGCGGCCUUGUGGAGAAGAAGAAGGCUUGGUAAGUAGUUUAGCUAACAAAUUAAGUUUUGUCGGUGGUUUGUUCAUUCCCUGGGUCGUAAACCGUCGGGUUAUUUGAACUUUGAACAACAAUCGUAAGGGCUUCUAUAACUUAGAAUGUCCAGAGUUACUGUGAUAUAGUAAGAGCUUACCUUGGAUUUUUACAAAGUUAUAAUCAUCAAAACCGCAUUCUUGUUACCUUUUCUUUGCCUUUUAAAGGUAUUUUUUUAUUUGCAGUGAUUCUCUUAAGUUAGAAAUGUUUGAGUACGAUUGAUAAUUACAAUUUCUUUUUUCAUUUAAGCUUAUGGCACCGAUAGACAUUUACGUUCCUUCGAGAUUUUAAAACCUUCUCUUGAAAUCGUGGUUUUGUAUGGUGCCUCCGUUUAUGGUAUUUAACAGACAGAUUUUGAUUCACCUUUUUUGUGAUUACUAUAUCCAUUGCAGUAAAACAUUUUUGAAGUUUCGUAAUUUUGUUCGAAUGCGAACGGACACAUCAAAGUAAACAGGCACGUAAAAAUAUCUCUGUGUCAGAUAAAAGGUUGAAAAUUAUUUAAAAUGUAGAAAAAAAUUCAGACUAAAAUAUAUAGAAACUUAGAACUCCGACAAGAAAUUGGGGAAACAAAAGAUACCAUAUCUUUUUAAGCUUAAGUUGAUUUUAAUGUUGUAAAAUUUUUUUCUUCAUUCAAACGUGCUUGUACAUUUGCAUAUGCAGUGUCCAUGGAGAAAAAUGUCGUUCUCUGUGCGUUUUAUGUUUGGUAAAAUUACUAAAAAUCGUGAGAUGUCUAUGACAUUUAUAUUACUUAUCAGAAGAGAUGUUUUUUUACUGAUGGCGCCACGCGCCCGAAUUAAUCUCCGAUGAAGUUGUUGAGUACCAAAUGCUCUAAAGGUCGCUUUCCCACGCUCGCCUGUAACCCGUAUCUAAUUUCCACUAUAUCUCUUGUUUUUCUUCCUUCUCGCUUACAUUAGAUCACAAUGCACUUUGUUUAGGGAUUAUGGAGUUGAAUGUCUAUAGCUGCCUGGUCUAGAUUUCAUACAGGCCACUUCGUUGUAAACUUGCGAUCUCUUCUAUAUCUAUGGUUUCGAGUUCUGAAACUUUUGCGAUACUAUCGUGGAAUUGUUCUGUUGCUAGAUUUUGUGCUUGUCGAUCUUGGAAUUCUUGUUCACGAUAAAAGACAGAAACAUUCGGCACUUAUUGGCUUGCGAGAUAACACUUUAGUUGUGACAUUCUCUUCAAGACUGAAAAAUACACGCAUCGUGAUUACAGAACCUCGUGUUAUUUGCAUUUUGCAAGGCUAUGUACAAAAAUUGAAGACCAAGGACAGCAACUGCUUCUAGAUAAAGGAUCGCGAGGAAUAUCGACUGGAUAUCGUAUUUUUCUAGAAGAUUGCUAACUUGCGGUAUUGGUUUAUGUUGCAGGCCAAGGCUUGUCUUUCGAACGUGUCCAAACAAAGUUCAUUUGCCCAAUAAAAUAUAAGCUUAUCAGUGCCUGGGAGAAAACAAUGUUGAGCACCUUUUAAAAAAAAGGUUCGCCCCCGAUUUCAAUAUCUGGAAAAUAAACUUAGCAUUAAAAAGUGGUUCUUCAAGAAUGUCAAUCUAAUCUCGCUUGUACAUGGUCAAUGCACAACAUACAGUAAUUCUUAAACUUAAAUUGCUCAAAAACGUUUUACCCAUUCAUUUGCAUAAGUCAUUGGAUAAUUACCAAAGUGUCCAAGGUCUUUUGCAUAGCUUAAUGUUGAAUGUACAGUAGUAAACAAUUUUUACAUAUUUGUCAUGUUCAGAAGAUUAUCCUGUACGUUAUUUACAGAGUUUUCUGUAGCAGGAGGACCCUAUCUCUGAAGAUAUUAUGCAUUUUUGGGGUUCCUUAAGCAGGAUGUUUUGAGAACUUGAACAGGUUUGCUUCUCCUGUAGUGUGCACUGAGGGUGGAGCAAAUAGACAGGGGUUCACUUCUUGUCCUUUUGUAGACAAUAAAUAGAUUAACUGUUAAGACUCUGCAUGAAGCUGCAUAAGCAGGAUUCUAGCUGCAUUAGGUUGAAAUGCAAUCAUUUGGAUCUCAUAGUUUAAAGCUGAUCCAUUGUAAUCUCCAGUGGACUUUCUGAUAUGUUCAGUUUUGGUGCCUAUUUCACAUAGCUUUAAUUUAUCUGCUUUUCUUACGUUUAUUACAAUUAAAAUGGUUUACCUCUUACCAAGAAGUUUUUUUCAACUACUUGUCUUAAAGCUAAUGAAGUCAGUCUUCUUCUUUUAAGCUAUGCAGGGCUAAGAGCCAGCAUACUUAAUUGUGGUUGACAUAGUUUUCUUGAGGAUCUACUUGUUGAAACUAAAUCAUCAAUUAACGUAGUUCUUCUCUUUCAUGUUGUUGGGUCUCAUUUCUGGUUACACAGAUAGGGAACUGUUUAUAGCUGUUUAUAGUUCACAUACACACAAGGAAGAUGAAACAACAAGUAGUGAAUAAAACAAAAUGAUUUUAUAUUUUCAAGCAUGAAUCAUGAUACUUUGAUUCAUUGUCACUAGGGGAAUGUCUACAGCAGUGGCACUGAAAAGAAAACUGCUCAUCAAAUGUCUUGUAUAAAGGGUAGUUCAGUUUAGUUAUCCCUCAAAAAUCAAUUAUCAAUUGUAUAAACAGAUCUAUAACGUAAAAUCCACCUUAUGAAAAUUAAUGUACGUUGUACAGCUCAAUACCUUUCAUUUCUCUUAACAUUGUUCUCUUCUUUUGUACUAAUAAAAACUUAGGUCUUCAUGCGUGCAAAAGAGAUAAGUGAUUGUUGUUGUGGGUUGCCUUCUUUGAAUUAAUUUGUUUCUCAGUUACUUACUUAUUUAGGCAAUGUGAUUCCGGCUGAUGCUUUGUAUUUCUUUUAUCAAGUCAGUGCUAUACAACUCUAGCUUUCAGGUUUGCAAAUCCUCAGACUUGACCAUUCAAGUGAAAAAUAUUUAGCAGUUGUUCCCCUUGAUACUUUAAUAUGCUCUGUAGUUUUGAUACCACUAAAAGGACUCAGCUAAGAGAGAAAACUGAUGAUAAACUGUCAUGUUAACGUUAUCUUUGUCUUUCAGUGAGAUAUUGAUAGCUCCACAGUGUGACAGUUCAGACAAUGAGCAAGGUAAUGUAUCUGUACAUGUUGUUUACAUCCUUGGAGACCCAGAGUUGGUCAGGAGAAAAGGUGCAACAAAAGUUUUCAAACACGAGUGGUCACGGACUUUUCUCCCAACCCAACCGACUGCACCUGUGUCUCUAAAAUAGUUGAUAUUAAUUUGCUCUGCAAAAACACUUAGCUUGGAACCUUUCACUCAUCUAAGCUACACCCUACACACUUGUGAUACAAAUUGACAGCUUUUGAAACAAUGACAACAGAAUGACUGAACUGUGAUAUUUUCAUGCUCCAGUCAUAAUUUAAAAAACAUUCUCAUUGUACUGUUUUAUAUGAUCCUUUUCUGUAAUGAAAUGUAACUAAGUACAAAUGUAUGUUAAAUCCAUUCUCAAGUUAAAUUAGCUUUCAGGCUAGGCUACUAACCCAGGUUAGCAAAUAAAAAUCUAGCAAAGUGCUAUUCCUUGUAGGUUGGAUACUUAAUUAUUAACGUGACUGAGGAUGUCCAACUUAGAAGAGAGUGGAAGAAAAUUACUGAAGAACCGAAUGGGCCAACAGUACAACAUUUAAGUUGCCACAUUUGUUGAUUCACUUGUUACAUUACAACCUCUACAGUGUUGAAUCACAUGAUACCCAUUGGCAAAAAUACAAGACUCACAGUACAGAAGUUCUCCCAGAUUGCAUUUUGCAAAUAAUUUCCUGAUUAACUUUCACAAUUUUUUGUAGAUUUUUUCAAAGUGUUUUAUUCAAUGUGUUUAAAUAAGUUUGUUGUUAUAAUGGAUUAAAGUCAAUCAGAAAGCAGUGCAGGGUACAAACAAAGUAAAUUUUUCAGCUUGACCCUCAGGGAUCAAGUUGUGAUGAGGCUGUACUGGCUAAAACAUGUUUAUUAACAUGAUUUAUAUUUAAUGUCAAUAAAUGCCUAAACUAAAGAGUAAUUUAUGAAUCAGCCUGACCAUAAAAAUUAGCAGCCCCAGCUGGUUACUGGACACAACUCUCUUCGCCAGCACGAGUCAGCACUACUUCUGUGAAAGGCAUGUUUCACACGCCCGUUAGGCUUUUCUCAGUUGUUCCCCUUUUUUUGUCCCUGUUGGGAAUUGUGAGUUAACUUGUUAUUAAAGGUUUGGUUGUGUUAUGUAUCAUGUCAUCGAUCCAUCGAUCCUUUUUCCUCUGGCACUUUGUACUCUGUUAAUCAUUACUUCUUCCACUCUUUUAGGUAGCUUUUGUAACACGCCUAAAAAGCCAUGCAGGAAACGGAAAAGGGAAUCUCUAUCAGGUAUGGACUACAAAAAAACAUUUACGAAAGGUGAAAAGUUCAUCUACCAGCAAUGAACCUGUGAUUAUAAAAGUGGCACUGAAACCUUUCAAUAUUUUUGCUCUUUCCCUUCAAAAGAAACUCUUUAAGCUAAAUUGUAAUUGAAGGAUGUUAAUUAAUGUGUUAUUCCUUCAGAUGUUUUGGGUAUGAAAAGCAGCAGCUACAGUCCUCCUCAUCAUAUUCCAUGGUGCAUAGGAAAAGUGAUGCUAUCAGAAAGUGAGAGUGAUCUGUCUGAACCAUCCAAUGCACUUUACUUUGUCAAAGGAUAUGACUCAGCUGUAACAGCAGUCAUAACAGACUCAGAAGAUGACCUCUUUUUUCUAAAUGGUGAGUGUUUAUUUUAAUGUCUUAAAAAUCAUUCACAGAGAAGGAAAUUUAUUUCUGAGAUCCUUCACCAUUCUGGUAACUUUCAGAAUGCUAUCACUGAGUUGAAUUCCCUUUCAUCCAGAAGCAAAUUCCUUCUGGGUAACUGGACUCUCUGUCUUAAUGGCACCUUUAUAAGAAGGAUGCCUCCCUAAAAUGUUCUCUCCUUCAAGUUCAAUAAUUUAUCAUUCAACAACAACUCUACCCUCACACACACACACUGACACAUCUCUUGAACACAUGGUUAAAACAGGUGCUCAGUGCUGGUGUUGAAGGAGAUGACUGUAUUGUCCAAGAAAAUAAGAUCAAAUUACUUUCCUUCAAGUCAAAGAGGAGCCAGCCAUCGUUUGUAAAGAGUAGCAUAUGUUGAUCUUUUCAUCUAAAUGCCCUGCUUCACACAUUAGCCAUACCAGCAUAUUUCUUAGACCAAAAACUUAUCUCUGCUGCCUACCUUCAUGCUGCUCAACUUGGAGUAAAUCCAAGCCAUGAAGAUCUCCUUGGCUUAAAGUAUCCUUUUACUUUAUUUUGAGCCAAAACUGAAAACAGUAUUUACUUGUCUGGUCAAAUAAUCUCCAUUUUUGUAACCACAGAAUAGGAUUUUACUUAUUUUGACAAUCCGGAAAAUGCUUAUUUCUAAUCCUGCAUAUUCCAUAAAUAUUGGGUUAUAACUCUUCAAUCGAUCAUUGGCUUAUUGACUGAUAAGAUUAAGGUAACUUUAACUUUGUUGAUAGAAACUGUGGAAUUUGAGCCGCCUGAUUUUGAUAGCGAAGAAGAGCAGGAGGAAGACGAAGAAUCUGAAGAUGAAGGUAACAAACUAGAAAAAAAUGUUUCCUUAACCCUUCAGAGAACCAAUAUCACUAAAGUGUCUUCUUUAUCGUAGCAGUUGGUUUCUUACAAACAUUCUGGUGGGGUUUCUUACAUCCAGUGAUCAUUUCCUUGAUUGCCAUGAUGUAUCUGAUAAAGUGAAUAUUGAUUAUUCCCAGAGGAGAAAAAAAUGGAAGUGUGAAUGUUUAUUUAGGAGCUAACCUUUUGACUUUUGAGGGGGAAGGGGUGAUUUGGUAAGGAUAAGAAUUAUUUUCCAAAAGCUCUGGAGAUGAAAUGUUUCGCUCAACAUACAACGGUGUAGGAUUUUUUUUCCCACAUAAUAUGCCAUGAGAGAUAUUUUUUCCUUGGGCUUUUUAUUUUUUGGGGGGAAGGGUGGUUUUUUGAAAGAAAAAAAUAUAUUUUCCAAAAAUUUGUGGGAUAAAUUUUUUCCCCAAAAAAACAAGGGUGUUGUUUUUUUUUCCCCACAAAAAUUGACAGUAGGGAUUUUUUUUCUUGGGUUUUUUUAAUAAAAAUUUUUUUUUUUCCAAAAACCCCCCAACCCCCCCCCCCCCCCCCCCUCAAAAGUCAAAUGGUUGGCCCCUUAUAUUGUUUGUUAUUUCCAUUGUAGUGAUAGUAAUCAGCUCAGAAGAUGAGGAUCCCGGAGCUGAAGGUGGGGACGAGUAUGAAGAGGGCCAGGAGUCCGAUUCAGACAUUGAUGAAGAUGAUUUGUGGUCUUGCCCACAUUGUAACCUCAAAAACCAUCCAUUAUCUCGUCAGUGUGCACGCUGCUGGGUGGAAAGACAUGAGUGGCUUCCUCAUUUGAAAAGGUGUGUUUGAUUAAUACACCAUUUAACUGCUUAACCAUGUUGCACUUGAAAUGACCAAGCAUACACCUCCCACAUGGUGAUGUCACCAGCCCUCACUUCAAAGAUGAUGUUAAAACAUAUAACUUCCCAAGCAUUCUGAAAUGUGGGCAGUUCCAUAAAAUGGACCACACCACACACACACACAUCUGCCUUAGAGUUGCAAAUUUUUGUGUCAGAACUAAGCUUUAAUGAAAACUAAGUAUAAUUUGGCCAUCUUGCUGUAACCUAGGAACCUCAACCCAUUUGCCCCUGAACCACAUGCAAAACCUUGUGACGCCAGAUCCACUUCCCUUGAUCUGCUUGUGAUGUCAUCAGUUUUAACAGUCUUGAAAGGAUAACUUGUUAUUAAUUUUUGUCUACAAUGCCUUUCUUUCUUGUUAGAUUGUCCUCAGAACCACCCAUGGAAUCAUCAAAAACAAUAGAAGAAUCUGCUUCAUACCCAACACUGCAAAAAAGUCAUUCACUUUCUGUAACACCAACUAUAGAAAAUCCUUCAUCAUCAUCAUCGUCAUCGCAAUUAAUAACUUUUACUCAGCUACUUGGAUCAUCAUCAUUUGCUGCAAGCUCUUCUACGUCAGCAGAAAUAAAUAACCAAGGACAAUCAAGCUCACAUCACACACAUCAACAGACAGAUAAUAAAAGUUCCAAAACUAAAGACUCUGCUUUUUCUCCCGACUUGUGCGUCAUCUGCUUGGUGCAACCUCGAAAUGCAAGUUUAGUACAUGGAAGAACAGGACAUCAAGUUUGCUGCAUUGGUUGUGCUGAAAAGUUGAAAGAAAAUAAAAAGAAAUGUCCAGUUUGUCGGAGGAAAAUUAAAUUGGUGGUGAAAAACUUCUUCUAG